AUGAACGUCCGCAGUAAGUCUGACAAUUUUAUCAAGCUUAAAUUUGCUGGAAUCAGUUGGUGCAUCCGAAGGCGUUAUGAAUUGAAGAAGCGGAUUGGUAGUGGAAGUUUUGGAAUUGUGGCUUCAGCAACGGACUCUGUUCAGGGUUCUUACCCUGUUGCAAUCAAAAAGGUCGAUGGGGUGUUUCAUAGGAAGCCCGCCUACGAAGCUCGAAGGAUUCUCCGAGAAGUGAGACUGAUGCGUUGUUUGAAUCAUCCAAAUGUGAUCACACUACUCGAUGUCAUGUUACCGCCGUCUACUCACGAUGAUGCAUCGGCGAGCACAGCUGAUUCUCCCCGGGGCACUGCGCUGCCGCUACUAUCUGAGUUGUAUUUGGUUACGGAGCUCAUGUCAACAGAUUUGCAACACGUAUUAUCGGCAGCUCACCGGCCCGGAUCUUCAUUUGUCCUUAAAGCAGAACAAACACAAUAUUUGCUUUAUCAAUUGAUCUGUGGCGUGCAGUACAUCGGAUCUGCGGGCGUACUUCACCGCGACUUGAAGCCAGCAAACUUGCUUGUGGACUUGCGUAGCUGUCAGUUGCGAAUCUGUGAUUUUGGUCUCGCACGAGCAAUACCCAAGCAAAAUCAUUCUUCGCAAGAGAAUUUCAGGGACAGAGACUUUGAAGUUGAGCGCGUGGAUUCGCAAGCAAGCAUGACUGAGUACGUGGUCACUCGAUGGUAUCGGGCACCUGAAAUUUUGCUUGGAAAUGUGCAUUAUGGACCAGGAAUCGAUGUGUGGUCAGUCGGGUGUAUUCUGGCCGAGAUGUUGGCGCCUAAUAUGGGGGUCUUGUUUGAGGGAACUGAACGACGCGAGAUGUUGGCACACAUUGUGAGUCUUCUGGGACGGCCAACACAAGCAGAACUUUGGUUUAUCUUGGACAAACACGCACGUGACUUUAUAGAGUCUCUACCCACGCAGAAGCAUCAGGAGACACUUAGAAGGCGCAUCUCGAAGCACUGCUCUCUGCAAGAGACUGCGCUAGAUCUCCUCCAUGGGUUGCUUGUAUUUGAUCCCGCUGCUCGCAUGAACACGCAGGGGGCCCUUUUGCACCCCUUUCUGAUGUGGCCCAAAAGCCGAGUGGGUAGCAAGGGGGCCGUAUCCCUUGAAGCACCGGCACCUCACCUGAUAGAUAUGACCGAUAUCGAAAGUCAGCUUCUCACGGCAGCAACUAUGCCCUACGUUGUGUUCAGAGAGGCAGCCUGUUUGCAUACUGGAAGAUCACCAUGCGACCGCACCAUGCGCACCUUAAGGCCUGGGUGA